CAAUUGCAACUCUAAGUAAGUGCGUAGAUACACAGCUAGCCAGCAAACCCUAGCUCUGUAAUAACUAAUAAGCUGAAUUGCUUCGUGGAAGUAAGCGUAAGUGAACUAGUUGGAACGGCAGAGCAAGUCAAUGUUUCUCAAACCAAGAUUGGAUGGGCUCUAACGUCAAUGGGUUUGAAUAGCGCUGUCAUCGACAUCGUGGAUUUAGCUAACCAUAGUCCACAUUAUGCGCUGGUGCUUUGCAGAGACUUUCAAGUGUGCCCGCUCAUGGCUAAUUUUGAUUACCGCGGUGAAGUACGUUUCAGGUUCGCGCUGCUCCAGCGUCUGCACUGCAGUCAGACCACAGGGUUUCAUUUAGUCACCAUCAAUGACCACAAAACCAAUAUUAUGUUAAAUACCUUUAACUUGCCCCUUCUGGUGGAAAUAAUGCAACAAAAAAUGUAUGUAUAUAAAUGUGAACUAUGGCACAAUGUUUUUGAUCACUUAUGUUGAAUUAGUGAUCAACAUAAUUUCAGGGUUUUUUAAUCAGCUUCCAUGCCAUGUUACCCCAAGAUUCCAAAUCCUUACCAUAUAUAAUUAGUACACUUACAAAAUGAAAACCCCUUUCACUAUUGGAUUUUAGUGCUUCUUAAAAAAAAAAGUUUUACGUCUGCAUUUUAAUAGAAAAGUCUUGAUUUUAUCAAAUGCUUUAAUAUCAUGCGACCCAGUGUCUCUAGAUACUUACCAGAUAUUACUACACUUGUUGAAUUUUAAAAGGAAGAGUCCUUAAUUUAUUUGUAAUAGAUUCAAUAUGUGAACCAAUGACUCGAAAUCCCACUGGACAAGAAGGACACGCCUGUUUGUAUUCGAUGCUAUAGAAAUGUAAUUGUGUCUUAUUUGUUCAGUGUUUGUUGAGUCACCUAAAACUAGCUUCACUGGGUUUUUCUUAAUCACCUUCCACAGAUGUUUGUACCCAGCUUGAUGUGAAUGGUUAAAGAUGGUGCUCACUUACUUUCAGGAAACAGUGAAGGUGCCAUUUGGAACAAAGCACCUGGAUGCUGCCUUGUGUUUCCCUUCCUCAGAAACAGAUGUUCACACGGCCGUCAUUCUCACACAUGGGGCUGGUGGUGACAUGAACUUCAAACAUCUGGUUUCUCUGGCACAUGCCUUAGCUUCAGAUAGUUUCCUCUGUCUCCGUUUCACAUGCAAAGGUUUAAACCUGGGUUAUAGAGUAAAGGCUUACCGUGCUGUGCUGGACUACCUGAAAUCUCAACAGAAGUUUGCCAUAAAGCACAUUUUUGUCGGAGGCAGGUCGAUGGGAUGUCGUGCUGCUGCAGCUUUAGCUAGGCAGCUGAGUGAUGAAUCUGAGGACGCAGUGCAGGGUGUCAUCUGCCUGUCUUUCCCCCUGCACCCUCCGGGACAGAAACACGUUCAUCAGCAACGGAGCGAGGAUCUCAGAGGCCUUCCUGAACACAUGUCUGUGCUGUGUGUGUCCGGCACUGAGGACAACAUGUGUGACAGGGUCCUUUUUGAAGGCAUGGUUAAAGAAAUGAAAGCUCAAGUGGAGGUUUGCUGGCUGAAAGGAGGCAGCCAUGGACUGACAGUGAAGGGAAGGCCGGAGGAGUCUGUGUUAGAGGAAGUGAAUUUACAAGUCAUCUCCUGGAUGAAUAAGCAGGCAGCGUAAUUACUUUCAGUUAUCAGAUAUUUCUGUGGUUUGUCAUUUAUUUGUAUACUAGUUUAAUAAAGAAUAUAUAUUUUUA